AUGGAAUCUGCUGCUAUUCUCAAGAUGUUCAAACGAUCAGUUUCAAAGUAUGGAGUUUAUUAUUCGAAGUACGUUGGUGAUGGUGAUUCUAAAACUUUUCUAGUUCUUUCCAAAAUUGUACCAUAUCCAGGAAAAGUUAUCGAAAAAAUCGAAGACUUGAAUCAUUUUAGUAAAAGAAUGAAACGAGGAUUAGAAACAAUCAAACGUGAGCAUGGACGAAAAAAAUUAUCUGAUGGUAAAACAAUUGGUGGUAAGAAUCGUCUUUCAGCAAUCUUAGUUAAUGUAAUACUUCGAAUGCAUGUAUGA